AUGUCGGGUGACACCAGACCGGAGUGGAAGCUUCCCGAUCAUCAGGAAGACCAGAAAAUUGUCGGAACACCUAACACGUCUGACUAUGUCGAAACUCCUGAUGCCGAUUACUAUCUCAACGUGCCGUAUGGGCCUUAUCGCCUAGAGCAACUCGACAUCUGUGUACCAAAGAGGCAACCGCGGGAUCAUGACAAGGCUGUCUGGCUUAUCUACAUCCAUGGAGGUGCCUGGAGAGACCCUAUGAUUGACCGUAAAAGCUUCAACACUACUCUCGACAUGCUGCUGAAGGAUGACCUGCCACACAACAUUGCUGGCUUUGUAUCUGUCGACUAUCGUCUUUCCCCCUAUCCCUCGCAUCCAACCAACCCUUCAGAUCCGGAUGACAGCAAUCGCAAUGUGCAACAUCCUGAACAUGUCAAAGAUGUCAUGCACGCCCUGUUCUUCCUUCACAGGAUCAAAGCAACAUACACGACCAGCGAUGGAAGACCGAUUCAAAUUCCUCAUACCGAUCUUAUGAGGGAAGGCCGUUACGUGCUGUGCGGACACAGCUGUGGCGCAACACUGGCCCUCCAAGCCGCGACUAUCAUAGGGGUGAAGGACUACACGCCUCUCCCCAAGGCUAUAAUCGGCAUCGAAGGCAUCUACGACAUUCCGGGAUUACUAGCCAGAAACACGCAUCCCGUCUAUCGCGAAAUCAUCGUCGGAGCUUUCACCGAACAUCCGGAUGCAUGGAGCACUGUCAGCCCAGUAGCACAUGAUUACCCGGGUUUCGACGGCAAAGUCUUGUUGAUACAUUCUGACAAGGACGAGCUGGUCGAGAUGCAGCAGAUGGACUCAAUGGCGGACAGAUUUGUCACGCUUGGUUUCACAAAGCCAUCGUCUGCAAGCGAAGAGAAUACCAUCGAGCAGCGAAUAAUUCAUUGCUCGCACGAUGAAGUGUGGGAGAAGGGUACGGAGCUGGCAAAGGCCAUCAGAUGGGUCUCUCAACUCGACUGA